AUGACGAGGACGGCUUGCAGUGUUGAUUUCUAUGAAAUCCUGUCGCUGCCCUUCACUGGGUCUUCGUCAACGGUCCUCUCGAAGCAGCAGAUCAAGCUUUCCUACCAUAAAGCAUUGCUCAAACACCACCCUGACAAGGCGGGUGCCGUCGCACGGGAGACUGGGUUAAACGGACCGACUACCUCUACAUCUACUCCGAAUUCUUUCCUUGCCAGAUCGGACGACACCUCGCGACAACCGUAUACCAUCGACCAGAUCACCACCGCCUACAAAACCCUGUCCGACCCUGUCCUUCGCGCUGAAUAUGACCGCUCUCUUCGCUUAGACAGGCUCAAGGUUGCAGAGCGGGAGAAAACCGGCGAUGUUUUCCAUACUGGGCUAGAGGUUGUGGAUUUGGAGGAUCUUGCCUGUGAAGAGGCGGAAGCCGGCGAUUGCUGGUACCGCGGGUGUCGGUGUGGUGACGAGCGGGGAUUUCUGGUCAAUGAGGAGGAUCUGGAGAGAGAGGCUGAGCAUGGCGAGAUUAUCAUCGGAUGUCGUGGGUGCAGUCUCUGGUUGAAGGUUUUGUUUGCCGUGGAUGCCGGCGAGGGUUGA